AAUUGUAUAAGUGUAGCCUUUUUACUUAGGUUUUAUUAAACACCCACUAACCCAAUUCUCUCCUUCUAAUGCUCUUUGGUGUGUCUUUUGCAGUGUGACAUCUGGUCGCUGGGGAUAACCGCCAUCGAAAUGGCCGAGGGAAAACCACCAUACUCAGAUCAAUACCCGGUGGAGCACCUGAUAAGAGAAGCCCAACCACCGAAGCUUCAAUCAAGUAGAUGGUCCCAACGUUUUGUGUCCUUCUUGGAGUACUGCCUGAAGAAAGAUCCUUCAGAGAGAGGGAGUGCUGAAGAACUCCUGCAGCACCCAUUCAUCAUCCAACUGCCACCUAAGAAGAUCGUCAGGGCUGAGAUUGAAGAACAUCUCCUGACUCUGCAGAAUCUGCCGGCCAAGAAAGCUCUCUGGACCCUGAAACAGCUGCAGCGUGCUUGUGACUUCUGCACACAGACAUCGGCAGAACAAGAAGCAGCUCUGCAAAUGGCCCUGGAGGGCUUCUCCUGUUAUUAAUCUUGUGGCCCAUAACAUCAACAGCCCAGAAUGAGUUUCCUGAAUCACAGCCGAGGAAAAAGAAACAUCCGCAGGAUCCAGUGGUGCCUGCAGCUCCACCAGCAACAUCUCCUUUCAAGCUGAUGCAGUUUCAG